UCUCUUUCAAAGUUUUUUAUACCCAAACUCAACUUUAAACUAAAUUUCAGAUUGAUUUUUUGCUCCUUGUUUACUUCGGUGGAGUUGCGUAAACAUUUCACGUUCUUGGAAUCGCAACGGUUGCCCUUAUAUUCGUUGUUGUUGCUGUUGUUGUUGAUGGUUCUGUUGUUAAUGCAACAGUUACUGGUGCAGUAAACUCGUGUUUACAAUCGUGACUGGAGUCGAGACCACAAACUGGAACUAAUUAAUAGCGGAAUUAAUUAAUUAUAUUUCAGUGGUCAACAGAUGGCCGGAAUGAUGACCACUUCAAUCGAAGACUUAUCGCAAUUACCUGUCUUGGAGGAAAAUAUCAUUCUGAAACAUUUACAUGACAGAUACUUACUGCAGAAAUACUACACUUACAUCGCCGAUGUCCUGGUGUCAAUUAACCCUUUCCAAUCACUCGACUGCUACACCAAUGAGAUUCACGAAAGUUAUAAGAAUUUGCAAAUACGAAGCUCUUUGGAACCACAUAUUUUCUGGUUGGCUGACAAUGCGUACCAAAAAAUGCGAGAGACCGGCCGAGUGCAGUGCAUUCUGGUUAGUGGUCUGUCUGGUUCCGGUAAAACGGAAAGUACAAAACACAUGAUACGACACAUCUCUAAACAGAGUACAUCCAAUUGCCAACAACAGUUGGCCAAUAAAAUCACCGAGGUCAACCCUCUUUUGGAAGCUUUUGGUAAUGCCAAGACAAUCAUGAAUGACAAUUCGAGCAGGUUUGGCAAAUAUCUCGAGAUGAAAUUUACGCAGGAAGGAAACCUCAUUGGUGCCCAAAUUCAGGAUUUCCUGCUGGAGAAGACACGCGUCAUUCAACAAAGCUGCAGAGAAAAGAACUUCCAUAUAUUUUACUACAUGUUUGCUGGAAUGACAAACAACGAACUCAGUGAUUAUUUUCUCAAAUCUCCGGAAGAUUUCAGAAUCCUACAUAAUGAAAACAAGAAACAACCAAUCUACGGCGACAAAGAAGACUUCGAACACAACAAAUUCAUGUUCCAUAAACAACUGACUUUACUAAAAGUGGUGGGAUUCACAGAUUGGGAAAUCUCCAUCAUUUUCACUUUACUCGCCUCUGUCCUCCAUAUUACCAAUAUCUCAUUCUCUAAAGUCGAAGACACUGAUUCUGUGACUAUUGCAGACAAAAUGUCUUUACAUCACGUUUGUAAGCUGAUGAGUUUGCAAGAAGACAGUUUUGAAGAGGCUCUUCUUACAAACGCGUCGUUCACAAGAGAUGAGAAAGUGAUCAAGAACAAGACUCUCUUCGAAGCCACAGACGGUCGUGAUGCGUUGGCCAAGGUCUUAUAUGCCAGACUCUUUGGUUGGAUCGUACGUCAAGUGAACGUCCGCUUGGGGGCGCUCAUUCAAUACAAAGACAAAGAUUUGUCGGCGGUGGCUAUACUGGACAUGUCUGGAUUCGAGAAUGCCAGAGUGAACAGCUUCGAGCAGCUGUGUAUCAAUGUGGCCAAUGAGCAGCUUCAGUCAUUCUUCAAUGAUCACGUGUUCGUUUUUGAACAGCAACAGUACAAGAAGGAACGAAUACCAUGGAACGACAUAACCUUCCGGAAUAACGACGACAUGUUGGAUAUGUUUCUAGCAAAACCAUUAGGAUUGUUUGCGAUAAUUGAUGAAGAAUCCCGCUUUCCCAAAGCAACUGAUGCAAGUUUACUGGACAAGAUGGCGGCCAACUGCCAAAACCCGAAACUUUUCCAAAAAUCCAAGACCAGUAAUUAUGUCUUCACCAUUCGUCACUAUACAGGAGAACCCUUAGAAUACUACACAUCCGGCUUCUUGGAGAAGAACAGAGACAAUCUGAGUCCUUGUCUUUUAGAAUGCAUGAAAUGUAGCAACAACCAAUUGGUUAGUGAUAUGUUCCUCACCAAACUCUCUCACAGAGGAACCAUCUCAGACUCUUUUGGGACCAGAAAGAAAAGCAAAAAUAACUUUAUUAACGAGUUUCAUUCCUCAAAGAGAAAUUCGGGAGAGAAAACCGGUGAAAGAAACCAAACAACAGUUGGACAAUAUUUUAGGAAUUCCUUGACAGAUCUUCUCAACAAAAUGAGCUCAGCCGAUCCACAUUUUAUCAGGUGUAUUAAACCGAACGAAGAGAAAACUCCAAAUAAGUUCGAAACGGAUCAUGUCCUAGACCAACUGCGAACCAGUGGACUUAUGGAAAUUGCCAGAAUCAGACAACUGGGUUUCCCAGUACGAAUUGGAUUCCAAGAAUUCAUAGACAAAUACAAGAUAUUAACGUUCCCUUCGCUGGCCAAAGUUGAAGCGACGGCACCAAACUGUGCCAAAAUUGCCAAAGAUGUCAAGCUUGAAGAGUAUUCUAUAGGAGAAACGAAGAUUUUUCUAAAAUAUCAUCAUUUGGACCAACUGAACAUGAGGAAAAUGGAGUUAGAGCGCGGUGUCGUCAUGCUACAAGCCGCCGUUCGCGGAUUUCUCGCUAGACGUCGCUUCCGUCGCUUGUUAAGAAACUGGAAUAAAAGUGAAGAAAUUGCGCGACGCAAAUUGGAAGAAAUUGCCUUCGAAACCUUCAAACCAUCCACCAUUAUGUCGACCAAGAAGACGAAUAUUAAUGAAGACGCAGACAACUACAUUAUCAAAAAUCUUCCAUCGUCCAUUACUGGGAUUGAACUCAGCAAGAAAGAUUCCAAUAUACCACCGAUAAUGAGUGACAGUUCGACAGAUAAAUAUGCACAGUUAGAUGAAGCGAUGAUGCAUCACAAGAAGAGGGGCAAAACCAACAAACGUUUCCUUGACGACAGCAGCAAUGGUCAAAUUAGUACAGCGGCCAGCGAGGACGAAAUCGAUGAACUUCGACCCAACAUCCAAAAGAAACAACGGCCUCGCAGACCUUCGCAGAUUUCAGCUUCCAUAACUUCUCAGUCAACCACCACCACCAGCCUCUCCACCCUAACUAACGGACCGAAAGUCAAUAAUACGUCUACUAACCAGCCAUGGGAUGUGUUUAAGACAGUAUCACGGAAAAACGAGACUAUUUACGAAUCAACGACGAACUGGUUCGAGUUGGCAGCGAAGACUUUCAAGAUUUUUACGUUUGUGUUUCUUUUCGUGUGUGUGAUGGGAAGUGCCUUGGCUAGCAAAGGAAGUCUUCUCAUCAUGACCAGAGCUAUUGGGAAAAAAAACCAGAGCUCAGAGUCCCGAGACAGGUGGGUGUACCUGGUAAUAUGUACCUUGUGUGUACCCUAUGUUGUGAUGUUCCUAGAAUGUUUGUUUAAAGCCAUGUUUGGCAAUAUACCCCGGCCUUCCAUAGGAAACAUGAUCUGGAUUCUGUUAGUCGAAUCGUUACAUUCGUUCGGGCUGUGCCUGUUCCUGUUUAGAGUGCUUCCAUGUUUAAACACAAUACGAUGCCUAUUGCUGAUGAACGCUGUCUGCCAAAUGCCUUCCAUUUUCAGACUUUUUGCUACGAAAAGAUCCGAGGAUCCGAGACGAAAGAUAAUCACAAUCGUUUUUGAUUUCCUGGCGGUUCUCAUGCAGUUGUCCGCUCUCGUAGUGGCCAUCACCUCUAUGAAAACCUCAUGCAUGCGUGACCCGCCUCGCGUCACUGACACCAACAACAGCAAUACAUACGGGCUUUAUUUUCCCAAAAACGACAAGAAGCACUGGUCUCAACAACAAAAUGGCGAUGAUCCCACGACUUCUGACAUCAACAGUGAUAGCAUUUUGUCAAAUAUGACAUGGGAAGUUCCUGUGUCAUUGAUCCUCAUUUCGGUAAAAUGGUGGGAAAAUUUUGUGGAUAAAUCAAUAAAGAUCGGCUCUAGGGAAUUCUGUGUGAAAGAGUACAAGGAUACUCUCUAUAGAGUACGAGUAAAGGCUUAUAUAUUGGUUAGUGCUUGGAAGGUCGGACUGACAUUUGGUUUCGCUUUUCUGUUGAUGCCCAAUCUAAGUCUGGUUCAUAAAGCAUUUGGUAGUCUUUUCCAAGACGAGGUUUACAACUACAUAAACACCACAGUUCCUACACCAGUCCAUUCAAAUGGCACUUUAAAGACUACUGGGGCACCAAUUAGUCCCUUUACAGGUAGUACUGUAACCGAGUAUAAGAGCACCCAACAGAAAACCAUCAACUGUACAAAUGUGACUGAUGUUGCAGACGUAACCUGGAUACUCUGCUGGAGCAAACAAGAAGAUGCCUGGAGAGAGUUUAUGACAUACUUACCGUUGAUCGUCCAAAUUGUGUCAUCGGGUCUUUGUUAUUAUUUUGCUAGACUUGCUUGCAAACUGUGCAUGCAAAGAUUCUCGUUCGCAGCUCCACUCUGUUUGGCGACGCCUGUCGCGGUUGGAACGCUGUUAUCGUUUUAUUACAUUAAACCGAACAAUAUUUUUACCAAAGAAUUCUUGCAAUGGCCCGGUAUGGAAGCGGAGCCUGAUAAACAAAAGCUAAUCUGGCAUAUGGGAAUCGGGUUUGGCCUUUGGUGGGUAUCACAGUUGUGGGUCACCAGAUAUAUUUGGACACCUAAAGCAACACGACUCGCCUUUACAGAAAAACUCUUCAUGUUGCCACUCUACUGUGCUGGAUUCAUUGAGCAAUCUCUGUUGCUUAACCGACGGCGAAAUGACAAGGAACGCAUGCCCAACAGGAAUUUAUCUGAUGAUAUUUCUAUCGAUAGCAAUUCGACUGACCCCAUGCGCAAGCAGCGAGAACAAAUUGUGCCUAAAAUCUACAUUUGCGCCACAAUGUGGCACGAAACAGUACAUGAGAUGACGCAGCUAUUAAAAUCUGUCUUCAGGAUGGACAUAGAUCAAAGCGCUCGGAGAAAUGCACAAGAUUACUUCAAUGUCCAAGACCCAGAUUUCUACGAAUUUGAAGCUCACAUAUUUGUUGAUGACGCCAUGGAGUUUAAUGACAGACGACAGUGGAUGCCGAAUUGUUUCGUGAAGCAACUUGUUUCUGUUGUUGACAAAGCAGCCAGCGCUAUUCAUGAAAGUGAUCUCUCCCUACUCCAACCAAUUCGUAUACCAACGCCAUACGGCGGACGACUUGUGUGGAAUCUACCCGGGGGUAACCUACUCAUUGUGCACUUUAAAGACAGAGAAAUGAGUCGCCACAAGAAAAGAUGGUCACAGGUGAUGUAUAUGUACUACCUCCUCGGUUAUCGUCUGCUCGGUCAACAAGACGACAGCACUCAGAACAACCAAAGCCAAGCUUCACAGAACGAGAAAUGGAAACAUUCUCCAGCACAUUUCGUCAAAGGCAAUAUUUUCAAACAUAUUCCAGAAAAAACUCUCGUUCAGGCAGAAAAUACGUAUAUCUUGGCUCUAGAUGGAGAUGUAGACUUCAAGCCAGGCGCUGUACAACUGUUGGUAGACAGGAUGAGGAAGAGCAAGAAAGUAGGUGCCGCCUGUGGUAGAAUCCAUCCUUCUGGUUCCGGACCCAUUGUCUGGUAUCAGAUCUUCGAAUACGCCAUUGGUCAUUGGCUCCAAAAGGCAGCGGAACACAUGCUUGGCUGUGUUCUUUGCAGUCCUGGAUGUUUCAGUUUGUUCCGUGGAUCAGCUCUAAUGGACGACAACGUGAUGCGAACCUAUGCGACUCGCUCUACAGUAGCUAGACACUACCUUCAAUAUGAUCAAGGUGAGGACCGAUGGUUGAGUACCUUGCUUCUGCAACAAGGUUACCGUGUUGAAUACUGUGCAGCUUCAGAUGCCAUGACUCAAACUCCAGAAGGAUUCAAAGAAUUCUUCAACCAACGUCGUCGCUGGAUUCCGUCUACUUUGGCCAACAUCAUGGAUCUCCUACAGAGCUAUCGUAGCACAGUCAAAAUGAAUGAUAAUAUUUCCUAUCUCUACAUUGCUUACCAAGCUUCCCUUAUGCUUUCCACCACCUUAGGACCCGCUACCGUUUUGUUGAUGAUGGCCGGUGCCUUCAACGCAGUCUUGAAAACCAGUUUAUGGCAGUCUUACCUAUUGGCUAUCGGUCCAGCUGUGUUCUAUCUCAUUCUCUGUUUUAUUCUUAAAAGCGAACACCAAGUAACAGUCGCUGCCAUCCAAAGUGCCAUUUAUGCUCUCUUCAUGAUGUCUGUUGUAGUUGGAACUAUGGUGCAAAUAGUCGAAGAUACCAUUAUUAGUCCAAACGCCAUAUUCUUGUUAAUGUUGCUAGCAAUAUUUACAAUAUCGGCCUGUUUUCACCCUCAAGAAUUCCUGUGUUUGCUCCCCGGUGCUCUUUACUUCCUUUGUAUCCCGUCUGGCUACGUACUUCUCAUCAUAUAUGCCAUGUGCAAUAUGAAUGUUGUCUCAUGGGGAACCAGAGAAAAAGCAGUGCAGUCGAGUGAGCCCGAAGAUGAAAAGGGCAAAGUGUCUCGAAACAACAGCUUUAUGAGGUGGCUCGGUCGUAAAGAGGUUGAUGAUUCCUGCUGCCCGUGUAUCACUGGUUUUUUCCGACGUCUAUGUGGGUGUCGUUCCCAGGUGGACGUGAGCAACGAGAUUCUACGGCAAGUGAUGGAGAAACUAGAUAAAGUGGAAGCUGGAAUUAAAAUGACUACUACGUCUACAAAUAUCACACAUCCCCGUCGGCGCCGGUCGUCCUCUCGGUCUCGUCGCUCAAAUAUCGGAAAUAUUGAAGAAGCAAAUAUUGAAAACGAUGAUAGUGAUGUGGACACAAGCAGCACUGAAAACGAUGGAGAUAUGGAUGACAUGAGGGACCCUUUUGUGAAUCCUCUUUGGUUAGAGGAUCGUGAAUUGGGUAACGGUGAGAUUCAGUACUUGCCGGAGAGGGAAGUGGAAUUCUGGCAACAGUGCAUCGCUAAAUAUUUGGCACCGAUUCCAUUUGACAAAAACCAUCAUAUACAAAUGUCUACAGAUCUGAAAUCAAUGAGAAAUAACGUCGCUUUUGCUUUCUUUAUGCUAAACGCUUUUUGGAUGAUCAUAAUAUUUAUGCUGCAAAGUGUCAAAGACAAAAUCAGUAUACCAAUACCAAGACUCAACGCAGAACCGUUGCUAAUCGAACCUCUUGGUUUGAUUUUCCUCAUAUUCUUUGCCUUCAUCCUCAUUCUUCAGUUCGGUGCCAUGUUACGUCAUCGUUACGGAACGCUUCUACACAUUUUGGCAUCGACAGAAAUCCGAUGCUGUCGGAAACGAUUCGAUCCGAAAAAACAUAUUGAAGAAGCAGUCGAAUACGCCAGAGUUCUUCAAAGACUCUACGGAAUCGAUGACGAUACAGAUCAAGAUAUGGAUUUCUCCAUUUCUCAAGACACUAAAGCAGUACGACCUCAUAACAAUGCCAUAAGUUCAUUACCGAUAUUAACUGGCCCAAUUUGUGAUUCAACACGUACCACCAUCACACUGAUGUCCAACAUAGAGAAAGCAUUGCCGCAGACUUUCGAAAACACGAGCUAUCGCAAAGAUGGCGUAAGAUCGAGUUACGCCGAGAGUUCAGACGCCAAAGAAGUAGAGCAAAUACCACCCUCAAGAAGAGUGCAACACAGACAUAAAGGUAGAAACAAUGGUAAGAACAGUACCCUGCGACGGGCAUUCGUUCGCCGAUACACCAAACUGAUGCGACAACAGACAACACAGAGCCUCUCAGCAGCAACGAGUGGCCGGGAGCCGAAACCUAGCCAUCCAUCAAUAUUGCCUCCAAAAGACAGCAGUGAAGAAUAUAUCCCACAAUUUAACCAACUCAAUAGAUGAUGAGUUGAAGAGAUUUCAUUAUUCUGAAAUUUCGAUUAUUAAUUUUUAAUUCUUUGUUUUUGGUUUUUUUUUUUUUUCUUUUUCAAAUUUCCGAAUUUGGGAAAAAAAAUAACAAGGUGAUCGUGUUAAAACAAUCAAUAAAUGAUGAUGUGAUUCGCAAAUUUUGUAUAUAUAUAUAUAUAUAUAUAUUUACACAUGUACAUAUUUAUCAUAUAUAUUCGACUUGAAAUAAACCUAUGUUUACGUAAUAUGAAGAUCCGUUUGUGCCUAAGUUUAACUUUUUAUUAAUGAUUUUUUUCUGAGUCCCUUUUAUGCUUAGUUUGGGAUAAUAAUGGUUUUAAGUUGAUGUUUCAAACAGCUUCUUCCUCUGUGUGGUACGUUGUUGGUGAGUGAUCGAGACAGAUGUUUGUACAUCGUUCGGUUGUUCUUAUCCCGUUCUCUCGAUCGAUUACGUGAUCUUCCAUGUGGUUUCAUUUCAAUGUCCGGCAGAGGAUACAAGCAGACGAUACAUGCACCCGAUGCCUGGAUGCUUUCUACAAGAAGCAGCAACAAUGUACCACUAGAUGAGGCCGAGAAAGUUUUGAAAUAUUAAUACUAAGGAUCUGCGAAAGAAGUAUUUGAAAUCUUUAAUAUAAAAGACUAAACGGAAAGACGGUCGAGUCUUCAAUAUAACAUGUCAGAAAGAAAAAAAGCUGCUCUCUGUAUGACAAACAUUUUAUGCAUGCAUACGCACACUCAGUGAUAUGUGUGUGUGUGUGUGUGUGCGCGCGCGUCUGUCUGUAUAUAUAUAUAUAUAUAUAUAUAUAUAUGCCUCAAAUGAAAACGAGAUAUCCAUAUAUAUAUAUAUGUGUGUGUGUGUGUGUAUUUAUGUAUAUUUAAAUAUAUGUUUUAUAUAUCUAAAUAUAUAUAUAUAAUAAACAAAAGCCAAAAAUAUAAAAAAUAAAUAAACGCAUUAAAAGACAAUAAAUAAAAAUACGAAAGUAAUUGGAAUGCAAAAGAAUGACUUCGUUCAAAAACUGUCACAAUUAUUCCGAUACUUUAUUAUUAUUAUUAUUAUUAUUAUUAUUAUUGGUGUUAUUAUUACUUAUAGUAAUAAUAUCCGUACAAAGCAGAUGAAGAAAAAUUAUAAUUUACACAGACAUGAUAGAAUGCUACGAUAUUUGUGAAGAUAUUUUUAUAUAUAAAUGUAAUAUAUAUUAUAUGAUUUUAUACCAAUAUUAUAAUAUAUUACUCUCUGUUAAAACAAACGACAAUAUAUGUUUUGUUGGUUUGUUUGUCUGUUUUUUUCUUGGUGAUGUUUCUGUUCUUCGUUUUUGUUUUUUAAAAAUUUCUCGCUUCAGCAAUUUUGUUAAUAAAA